AUGUUAAAUAUUAGAUUGAUUCUAUCAAUCUUGGCAUUGGUUGUAGUACUAUCGAGUGCAAGAAACCCCGCAAGUACAACAACUUGUUCAUUAUCAAACAGUUUAACACAAUGUCAAAACGGUGCUUGUCCAUCGAUUGUCGCUUGUAUCCAAGAGUAUGCGAAAUCAUAUGCCAAUAUCGUCAUUACUGUCCCAGAUGGUGAUCACUAUUGCAAUCAAACUGAAACUCAUACACUUAAUUUCAAUUUACAUAUCGAUAUUCAGCCAGAAGGUCAAUCAUCAACUCCAACAUUUUUCUGUCCAGGUCGAACAUCAUUCUUGAGAUUGCAAACUUCAUUCGUUUUCACAAUUAAUAUUUCAAAUAUUGUCAUUGAAGCCACUGAAACCGCUGAGAAUCGUGGAAGUUUAAUUUAUAUUCAAACGACAUCCUAUUCAUACCCAAAUAACAACCUAUUAACUUUGAACAAUGUUCUGAUCAACAAUGCUCAUUCAAUUCCAAAAUAUGGAGCAUAUGAAGCCGGUUCAAUCACCCUUAAUUCUAUCAGUUUAAUAUUGAACGGUUGUACCAUUACCAACUCCAAAUCAACUGGAUAUUACUCUUCCGCUUCUGUAAUGAGAAUCUAUUCCACCAGUCUAUCAAUUAAUAACUCAACCAUUACCUAUUCAAAUAGUUCUACUGGUAAUUAUGGUAUCAGUUUUAGUGGAACCAAUUUCAAUAUCUACAACUCUCUCUUUGAUGGAAACAUAGCUGAAUCAAAUUUCAUCUAUGCAUCUGCUAGUAGUGGCUCAGUUAUUGUCCAAUCAAGCAAAUUCACAAACAACAUUGCUAAAUAUGGAAGUUGUUUUAAUGUUAAUUCUUAUUCUAUUAACUUUGAUUCCAAUGUUUUUGAUAACAAUAUCGGUCAAUAUGGAUCUGCUAUUUAUUCUACUUCAAGCUAUAACUCCUACUACAGCUAUUUUUUCACCAACAAUAACUUUACAAACAACGUUGCCUCAGAUACUGGUACAUUGUAUCUUUCAACUCAAGGAUAUCAUUACCUAACUGGAUCGAUUUUCCAAAACAAUGUUGCAUAUGGUGCAGCUGAUAUCUAUUUCUACAAACAAAGACUCACUUUAGUUGGUGGUACCUUUAUCAAUUCAACAUCUUCAAACCCAUAUUCAUAUUCGCAAUACCCAGGAUUCCCAAAAUAUGUCUUGGAUAUGGCCAACUAUUAUGAUUAUAAUGGUUAUGAAUGUGAUUCCAGCUACCCAACUAUCGAACAAAAUAGUGGAUCAACAACUUGCAUGUCAAUCGACUAUUAUCCAGCUCCAAACUACAGCAGUGAUGACAAUCAUUAUGAUCGUCACCACACAGUUGCAUUCAUUAUUACUGCCUCAGUAAUUGGUGUAGUUUCUAUUGUAUCAUUUAUUGUUGCCAUCGCUAUUGCAAUCAGAAAGGAUUAA